AUGUGUUCCCACCAGCAGAAGCAGCCAUUUGUCCCUCCUCCUCAGCUUCCACAGGAGCAGAUCAAGCAGCCCCACCAGCCUCCCCCUCAAGUGCCCUUUGUUCCUGCUACCAAGGAGCUGUGCCCUCCAGGUGUUCCACAACCUGGAAUCACCAAGAUUUCGGAGCCCUGCCACACCAUAGUUCCUGAGCCGGGAUGCACCUCGGUCGCUGCACCAGGAUACACCGUGGUCCCUGAGGCGGGCUGCAACACUGUCCCUCAGCCAGGAUGCACCUUGGUCCCUGAGCCAGGACGCACCAUGGUCGCUGCACCAGGAUGUGGCACGGUCCCUGGAAAAGGCUACACCGCGAUCCCUGUGCCAUGCCCUUCAGAGCUCAUUCCAGGCCCAAUUCAGCUGAAAAACAAGGUGAAAUAA